UAGAAAUAAAAGAUUUCUAGUACAUGGCUCGUGCUUAUGGUGCAGACCCGUCUUUCUCGUUGCCAAGGGGUCGGCUACUAGUUCGGCGUAAGCAAACUAAAAUGUGUUUCAUCUAUCGUGGUUGUCCUAUACACCCGCGGGUGCCUUCUAUUUCUUUGUCAGAUAAGGAUGACAAAUGCAGAUCUCGGCUCAAAUCGGCUUCAACAUUCCGGAGGAAGCAAGUAGUGUAAGCGAAACCACGACGAGAACGACGCCAGCCGACCCGAUAAGUUGUGCCUUGCGUUUUUUGAAAUUUUGGUCUAUCCAGCCACAGCGCCGACCUGUGCGUCCUGUUUUUCGGAUACUGUAUCAAUUUACACGACUUUGCACCGCGUUCUCGUGGCUGCUCGUAUAAUCUGAGACGCUUUAUUCCGCGCUCAGCUCACCCGCAACCCCCUCCCUCGCCAGGAUGCCGUUCAAACACCGCUUCAAUGAGUACCAGUACACGAGCGUACUGUGUGCGUUCGCUAACGCAGCCGCCGCCCUGCGGGGGAUCGAGCGGAGCUUAUCCCACGAAAAAAGUGUUACAGUUACACAUUUGUAGCUAAUUCAGCAACACAAAUUUCCCGUGUAUGAGAGAGAAAACUUGCAAUGCAGAAAUCCUACGGGAAAACACCUAUGAAACGAGGCUCCUAUGCAUAUCCGGCAUGACAAAGGUUGCCUGUCUUGCUUGUUUCGCGAACACAAUGUGUAACUGUAACACUUUUUUCUUGCGAUAGAGCUGCGGAGAAAUGCACUACUGGUUCGACUUCACCGCCAAGACGCAUGCACGCAUGACCGGCUAUCAAAUGCAAAAAUGUCUGGGUCUGGAAUGUUGCCGGGUUUGUCAUGCAUAUUUUGUAUGACCCAGGAUGUCUGUAAUGCACGACCUAGCAUCACAGAUUUUUAGCAGGCCUCCUGAUGCCUUUUCCGCAUGACAAAUGCCCUCCCCGUGUAGCACAAACUAGACUCCUCUUGCUGGUCAUGCAAUACAGAUUUUUUUAGAGUCCAAAGUUAGCAUCACAAGUUCCAACCUUCCAGACCCAGACAUUUUUACAUUUGAUACCGGCCGGGCCGAUCUGAUUGCCAAAACUUUACAUGAGCUCAACUCUACCCUCCAAGAGCGCUUCGUUGAGGUACUACUUUUUGCACUCGUCUUCGUCGACGUACUUCUGAGUAUUAUCAACCAUGAACUCAUUCCGACUGAGACUGCAAUCGAUAUGACUACAUCAGGUGCAGACUGUCUUUGACACGGUUCUAGACGAAGCGGAGCUGCAGCAUGACAAGCUGCAGCGGGUUCUGGAAUCGCGGCUGCGUUUGCGUGAUUCAGUGGGUGCAGUACCCUCGGAGAUCGCCUUGGGUAUGAUUCCCGUGGCCAUUCUGCUGGUUGCCCUGACCUGGUUCAACGUGUUCUUCGGGUUCAGUAUCGGCAGCCUGGACGGGCUUCAGAACUUUAAUGUUUGGGGCGAGAUCGUCGAUCCCAGCCAGCGCGCAGCGACUUUCGUACCAUUCCUGAGCGUCUUCAACGUUCUUCAUAUGGCCGGCAUCUGUGCGUUCUACUUCUGGAUCUGCUACGAGCUGCUAUCAAAGUGAGAAAAGAUGAAAAACUGUUGCCUUUAUCUUUAACUUGUGCUGAUGAUGAUGAAAAACAAACCAACGUUGCAAGAAAACCAAAGUCAAGAAUACCUUCAUCUCCACGGUGCGACCACGCAAACUGGAAAAUAAACACCUGCAGGCGCGCGAGACAGCAGCGAGUGGCACAGCUGAUCGCCAUGCUGCGGCGAAAAAAAUACGUAGAGCGCGGGCUGAACGUACUGCGGUCACCCUUCAAGCGCAGUAGUACCACAGCGGGGGAACCGCGAUUCCGCGACAGCACUCUGGAUGGAGGGGGUCCGGAAGAGGAUAAUAUCGAUAAUGCAGGAACUCCGGGAGGCCCAGCAACUGCAGCGACCGAGCGAAGCUCGGGGCAGCGGCUAUGGUACAAGUUGCGGCUAGCGAUGAAAGACCGUCGCUUGUUCGUGCAACAGGGAGGUGGAACUCCACCCGGGUCCCCUCAACAGGAGUCUUCCAGUGCGAUGCCGCGGAGCCCCGCACACAACUUCCACCCCGCGUCUCUGCGUACGGAGAAGGAGAUUCGCCAAGAGAUCAUGGAAGCGCGGAAGCUCCUGCAACAAGUCGCCGCAGCAACCGGCACCGGCGAACCUUCCGGCAUGGGGCGGAAGUUGCUGCGGUUUCUAAGCAAGGGCUCGUCCGCAUCUGUUGGGAUGAACAACAAAUCGGAGAUGAACAAAGACGGAGUGGACGAAAUAGAACCCAGCCCGGAACCGUCCGGCUCAAAGGACGAGAGUGACCAAUCUUCCAGCAGAGGAGCUGCGAAGCCCGCGAUUCCCGAUCCCGCGUUGCUGCGGCGCGUGGAGCAAACGAGAAAGCGGAUCCGCACAUUACGCGAGGAGCAGCAAUUCCAGCGCAUCGCAGAAGCGGAAAUCGAUUCCGACAUCAGUUCGCCCCAAAGCCCCCCGGGUUCACCGAUCCAAAAUAAGUCGGCCAUGGCCGCAAAUCUGGACGGGUCACGAAAGACAGAUCUACCCCCCGGAGUCGGGCCAGAGGGCCAAGGUGCAGAUUUGGACGGGGACGGAGCAGCGCAGGACGACCUGCUGGGAACAAAAGGCUCGUCGCGGCGCAAAAGCAGUCCAGAGAACAACGUCUACGCAAGUGGCCAGCCGCGAACGCGGUUCGGUCCGAAGGUAAAGAAAAAGCGACGCGCUUCGCAGACCGUGGCCGUCGCUAACGAUGGUAACUCGGAGCACGACUCCCAGUCGAGCGGCUCAGGAUCUGUCCCGAACAAAAGCAGACGCGAGAGUCGGUCCUCCUCGUCCUCAAGGGAGAAGGUUGGGUCCCUGGGUGCCUCAGUUCGUGGUGCUCAAGGGGAGGCGUCGCCCACGUCUUUCCUAGACCCGCAGAUGAGGACGCACGGCCCCGGCCUCCUUCCCCAGCAGCCACCGUCCGUCAUGAAGGUCGGCAAUCAGAACCGGUACUUCGAGGUGGUCCUCUCGUCAGCGCAGCGCAUGGGCGCCAUGAUUAACGUACACCGUGCCCCGCUGCCAGGUGCCCCGCUCAUGACGGCCGACGGCACGCUUCUGGGAACUACUUCAAUGGUGCGGGGUGCUAGCGGCUCCGCCGAGAGUCCAAACCCGAACUACCUGCGGUCGGGACCACCGCUUGGCGCUUCCGAACAAGGCGGUUUCCUGUCAUCGCAGUCUUUGAUGGCCGCGCAAGGUGCAGCUGGGCCACGUGGUGGGACCGCUGCACGAGGUUCUUCGGAGGGAGGUGGGAGUACGCCAGACCGCGAUCAUGCGGUCAAUCGCAUCAUGCUGGGGACCAGUCCGAGCAGUCUUUCGAUCGCCGGACAACCGCAGCAGCAGAACCUCCAACAGUCCUGGAGGGCAGACAACUCGCAAAGCCGGUCCCCACCGCCGCGGCCAGGCGAGCGCUCUCCUGGAAUGUCCAGCCCUUCAACUUCGCAGCAGCAAUUUACGAAUCUGAAGUGGGGCGGCGCGCCAGCGCUCACGAACGCCCCGCGCCCGGGCCAGAUGACGCACGUGCGCUCCAAAUUUGUGCGCACUUUCCCGAUCGACAGAAACGACGAGAGCUUUCGCAUGUCUGUGAAAGCAGACGCCGUGCCGAAGAAGAGACCCGUACCCGUGGGGCAACGGUGGCGAGACCACAACUGGAUGUACGAGGACGAAAGUGGCAAUAUGAUGGCCAAAAGUCGGGCCGGGCUCGACGCAGGGAUCCAGUUUCACCAGCUCCCGAAAGACAUUGAUCCUCGGAGUCCGGAGGCUCGGGAAACGCUACGCGCGCAUCGGACCGAAAUUGACCCGCAGCGGCACAUCGAUGCCGAGCCCUUCUCUCCCACCGAGCAGCGGGAACCGUGGCCAUACUUGACCGCAAUAACCGAGGCUUUGCGCUGGAAACUUUCGUCGCCGACCAAAGUGGACGAGGAUGAGGAGGCGAAGGAGCGGGAACAGGCGCUACGAGACAUGGGCCAGGACGACUUUGCCGCGCGUCCGGGCGGUCGUAUGGGUGGGUCUGCCUCGGGCCAACAAGCCUCUUUUGGCCGGGAGCAAGACUUCUCUUCCCAGCACUUCGCGUCCGAUGCUACGCAAGCUCUGCGAGGCCUGCGCGAUGACCCGCAAGCGAGCACCAUGCCGCGAACGGCGUCCGAAGAGCACCACCACGGUACUGGAGUACUACUAGAACAACCCGCCACAGAGGAAGUACUAGUAGGAGGGGUCCUCGAACUCGAUCAGGAUCAUCAGCAAGGAACUACAGUACGAAGAAGUACUCGAACCACUACCCGCGAAAUCGACGGGGCGCUGCAUAGCCGGGGUCCGAGGCCUCUGCUGCCCGCCAAAAUGGCCGCGCAAGGUGACCGCGGUUCCACCGAUAAAAACGGCAACCGCCUCCUUGCAGUCGACGAGCAGGAUGUGGAUGACCUCGCUCCUCCGGCGGGCACCAGUCUGGGCGCGGCAACACGUGCGGACCUCGUGCGUUCCACUUCCGGCACCUCCGACCACGCGGCGGCCGGUGCUGCGACGCGGACGAGCCAGGUGACCAAGCCGGCGAAAAAGGCCAGCAUGUUUCAGAUGGAGGACAUCGACAUUGAUGCGGAGGUUUCCACGGCAAACGUCAUGAUGAAGGACGAGCGGUCGCCGGGUGACCGCCCCGGAAUGAUGCCGAACUUUACUCAGCUUUUCAAGCAGGCGAAGCGCGUCUCUGCCAAGUCGAGAAGUCAGUCGCCCCACGGUCGCAGUGCCAGCGGGAACAAGACAAGCGAGUCGGGAAGUGGGUCCCCGGACAAUCUCAGUCUCACGGCGGGGGCUGAAGGUUCAAUUCCGCUGGAACAAGACGGCUCGGACGUGGACCUGGAGCCGCUCGUGGUCAAAGACGACGCCCGGAUUCAGAGCCCCGCGACGCGGAAAAAACAGCGGCAGUUGCAGCGCGAGCAGAGGAAGACAGCGCUGCAACCUGGAAAGCAAGAACUCUUCCCCGAACCGUCCUCUUCUGCGAGUAGCUCCUCUGGUGACCACGAGCAGGAACAGUACCCGCCGAAAAGUGGUCGCGAGGAGAGAGGUGAUAAAUCGCCGUCCAACAUGAAUUUGCUCUCGCGCAAGGAGGAGUUGACGCUUUCCGGAAUAGGCGGAACCAGCGUCCUUGAGUCGCCACAAGCACGAUCAGCGGAAGGUGGACUGCUACCUGGUACACUGCUGUGACGAAACAUCGCUUUUGUUUAUCGUUUUACGAAAAAUUUUUCAACAAACCAAACAUGACCAAUCGAAAUUCAGAUGCAGGCUCAAAUCUGCAAUGCUCGUCCUUUUUCCUUUGGACUUCGUGGGGUCGUGCGCUCAGUUCUUUUAUCGUUUCAUCUAUAUGAUCGUCAUCUCUAAGGUGGCUCCAGCACGGCCACGUUGAUGGGUGGAGCAACGGGCCUGCAGUCUCCGAACUUCGCCACAAGCAUGACUGCACCGGCCUCCCCCGCGAAAGCCAAAGCUGCCGCGAAGCUCUCUCCGUUGCAGGCCUGGCGCGAAGACCUCCGUUUGAGACGCGAGGCGGAGGGCCUCCCCGGCUUGCCGCAGCGCACAUCCCGGUCCAAGCGCGUGCAGCGCUUAUUGGACUUCAAACCGCGCGCGCGUGGAACUUCUGGUGGGGUCGGUUUGAGCAUGGAAGAGAGCCUGAGUUUCAGCGGCACCAGUGGACAGAGCCCUGAGACCAGCUUAUCACGAAGGGGCAGUCGCAGCCAUUCCUCAGGAACGGCGGGCGGGUCGUCGUCCUUUAUGUCCCUGCUUGUGCCGCACCCGGAACAUCAACAUCAGCGGACCACCAACCCGAGCGCCGAUCCGGCGCGGGUGGGAACGGCCUCCCACUCCCUGUCUCUGUCACCGUCGCUACGGAGCAUGAAUCUUUUUUCCGCGUUUUCAUCCUCCGGACCAGCAACGGGCGCAGCCAACAAAAAACAACCAUCUACUGCGCGUGCUGCUGGAACCGACGUCCCAGAUGCGACAAAGAAGUGAGCAUAGGUUUGCAAGUUCUUCGACGCUCGUGAUUUUAACUAAUAACAUCACGUCAUCGUCAAGCUUGAGAAAGCGAAGCGUGUGCGUGUGGUGUUGUUGACUAUAAAGCAGCUAACUAUGUUGAUGUUCACGAACUCCCACCUGUGCGAGGAUUCAUGUCCCCUAACACUCAGAGAAAGAAAAAUCGUGGACCAGCUGCAACGGAUGUUGCAAUACCUCGUCCCGAUUUGCUGCCAUCGUACGAGAUCAGUCGCAAACAGUGACAGGCAAAGAAAACUGGUAGGUAUAAGUUGAAAUUGAAAAAAAUGUAUAAUACUUACGUUUCUUUGGCGUGCUUUUGUAUUUGUUCAACAUCAGAGCUCGUAGUUUCUUAGACCACAAGAAGAAGUGUUAGUGUACAAGUACUUCAGGAUUUUUGACAUCGGAAGAUGCGGUGACGACGAACGCAGUCACAGAACCAAAGGAAUGGUGUAAUGAUUUCUUCUCGAGUAAGACCCACCUACCACCUGACAGAUUUUUUUGCAGGGCACUCUCAUUGAUUUUUCCUCGUCCUUCGUUCCCAAAGAAAUUCAGUAAAUACGUUUCUCGUUUUCCUGUUUCGGAGAACAACUCACACACGGGGUGAAGUUCAUAGCAAU